UUUUGAAUUUCCGCAUUGCCGAAUGUCCCUUGUAAGCGAAAAUAUUGGGUACACCCGAUACUCAAACUGAAGCAACAGUAAGGAGACUGGCACAAUUUAGUCCGCGAAAUGAUUUUACAAGAUGAUGAUACAUAUUUUACUUAUAUGAGGAUGACACCUAGUAUGUUUGAAUAUUUAUUAUCAAAAGUUGGACCUACGAUAACAAAAAUGGAAACACAUUGGAGAAAACCUAUCUCACCAGCUGCACGAUUGUCAAUGACUAUACGUUAUUUGGCAAGUGGAGAUGGAUUUCAUAGUAUUUCACUUAGCUAUAGAAUUGGAAGAAGUACUACGAUGUGUAUUAUAAGAGAAACUUGCGAGGCUGCUAUAUGGAGUUGUCUACAUAAAGAAGAAUUAUUUACGCCAACAACAAAUGGGUGGCAAGAAAUAGCUCAUGAAUUUGAGAAUAAAUGGAACUUUCCAAAUUGUAUUGGUGCUUUGGAUGGGAAGCACGUAUCUAUAAUUUGUCCUAAGAAAGCAGGGAGCACUUAUUAUAAUUAUAAAGGGUUCCACAGCAUAGUGUUAUUGGCGUUAGUGAGUGCAACGUACAAAUUUUUAAUUGUGGACAUUGGCGCUCAAGGAAGGCAUAGUGACGGAGGAAUUUUUAAAAAUUCAGCUAUGGGACAACGAUUUUAUAACAAUAAUAUGUAUUUGCCUGAUUCUUCUGCUAUUAGUAACAGACAUAGGUGCAACCAGAAAGAACAAACCAAUUGCGUCAAAAGUCAAAUAAAGACAAUUUAUUAAACUGUGAGAAACUAUUCACAAUGGCUCAACCACUUAGUUAAAUAUCUGAAAAUGUCGAAAUUCAUCUUUUAGAUGAAAACGAUGUGACAUACACAAUAAAAGUAUCGCCAAAUGAUGCAGCGCGUGCAGAAAAUGAUACGAUAUUUACUACUUAUCUUCUAGAAAGAGCAAAAUCACAAGAUUCAGAUUUUGAUGCAGCAAGUCUGUCAAUGGAGUCUUCCAAUUCUGAGGAUAAUAAUGAAUCAAUGUUUAAAUGGUCUCAUGCGGCAAUUCUAUUGCUGGUAGAAAAGUAUCGGCUGCAAAAAAAUAACAUUGUAUCGGGUAAAAUAUCCCAGAAAAAAGUAUGGAAUAAUAUUGCAUCAGCAUUAUUUGUUAAAGGCUAUAAUGUCACUGAACCUCAAUGUCUUUCAAAAUUUCACGGAAUGAAACGAACUUAUAAAUCUAUAAAAGAUCACAAUAGCAAAUCAGGGAAUAAUCUUAGAACAUGGCCUUAUAUGGAAGUCAUGGAAUCUUUGCUUGGUGAACGACCUAUUAUGUCGUCUCCAGCAAUAGCCUCUUCAAGCAGUAUGUGUUCUAAUUCUAGAUCUAAUAGAGAAUCUAACUUAUCAAAUGCAAAUAUAUGUAACAAUGCAAACUCAAGUAAUAAAAAUUUAAGCUAUUCAAAUUGUCAGAAGCGCAAGGCACAAGAAAGUACAUCAAACAUUGCUGAAUCAAUUUUACAAAGUCGGAAAUUGGCUGAGAACAAUAGUGAUCAGAGGCACAAAGAAAACAUGGACUUUGAAAAGCAAAUGCUAAAAUUCAUGGGUAAAAUUUUAGACAAAUUAUAAAUGUUUUUAUUUUAAUUUACAUGCAACAAAGAUAAAACGAAGUUGUAGUACAAAUUAUAAGAUUGUUUCCUUUGUUUUUGAUAAAACAUGUACCAUUUAUUUUCUUGUUUACUUCUUUUAGUACAAUUAAUAUUUUAUUUAGUUUUGUAAAAUAUAGUAUAGUAGCUGGUACAUCUAUUAUACUGCGUUCUGUCUUCCUUAAUAUUUUAAACAUAUUCUUAAAAUUUGCUUUAUUUUUUAAUAUUAAUAAUUAAUAUUAAGUUUAUACACAUAAGUAUUCACUAAUGUCUUCCCAUUGUAAUUUGAAUUAUUUUGACGAUUUUCAACUUUAUGCCUAUAGAUACAUAUUUUUAUAAUAUAGUUAAUUAGUUAGAUAAAGUUCUUACGUAAACAUAGUCAUAGACGCAACGCAUAAAGUUGUGAAAAUCGUACAAAUAACAGUUAUAAUAGCAAGAGAUUAAUAACUUCCUGUGUACAUCUGUGAUAAAUUGAAUAAUGAUUAAAUGUAUAAGUGAUACUUAAUGUUAAGAACACUGAUAUAUAAAAUAAGAUUUUUCUUUCUAUGUUGGAACAAUUAAAAUGUUUGGUAAAUAUUUCUGAUGAAAGUUAUGUGGAACAGAAUUACUACAUUCAGUUAACUUAAUUAGUCUAUUAUAACAAAAUUAAUCAAUCAUAUUGAUCAGAAAAAUAAAUUGGUUCAUUAAUUUUGCUGCUUGGUCGAUCGAAAAAGUUAACCAGAGUUAGUGAUAUUAGUUCUUUAUGUAUAACUAAGUAUUACAUUAUACUUAGUAUUACUUAUACAGUGUUACAUAUAUGUAACUUGUUUUUAUUUUUAUUGUACCUCAAGACAAUACAAAGUAUUUCAUUUUUAUUUUGUCGAAGGGAAUGAUUAAUUAAUAUUAAUGCUUGGUCGACCGAUUAAG